UGGUCGGCUUUCGACUUGGUCUGUGCAUUGAACCCUUCUUGACUCAAUCAAGCUUGGACCACUUCUGAUCGCAAUCCGCACAAGCUCCAUGUCGAACCAGUCACGAUCAACCGGGAAGCUAAAGCCGUCCCGCCCGCUCCCUCGUGAGCUCAACCCCUGGGAAGGCAUCCCCGGGCAUGCCUAGGCGAACUACGGAGCAUUUCGACUUUAGAAUUAGAGCAAGCAGUUGCAUCACUGACUGACUGGACUCGAAUAUAUUCCACACACACACUUACACUUCAACUCUCAGAACCACAAGUCGGGCUGCAGACACAGCAUAAUCUAUCUGGGUAGAUAUCUUUGCACUUUACCAAUCCCGCAAGCCGCGCCAUAGUCUCGACGUACCGCUACGUGUGUUGCGGAAAGCCGAGCUGCCCUGCCAGAGCUGUUAUCCACCGCAUGCGAGAACCCCAGUGACUUGGGAUCGACACAUACACACCAAACUCGACCGCGAGUCCCAAGCAAAAGCCAUGGAUCGCAUCAAGGCCCUCCCGGAGAGGACGGCAUAUACAGUCCUGCUGGCUCUGUGCAACGACCCGUCCAUCCUGAAGCGCGCCGUCGAGUUUUCCGAACUUUUGCAACCACCACCCGAAAGCGCACGCUACGAACAGUCAGCUUCGGAGUCACAAAGGAAGAAGCGCAAGUCGCCCACGGUUUACGAUGAGCAAGAUCAGGAUGAAGACGAGUUUGAAUGCGAGCGUUGUAGCGAGACUUUCCUCCGCAGCCAGGAUAGGGACGGCGCAUGUGUCUACCACGAAGGUGACGUAGAACCAGACUACGACGGCUUCUGGGAGGACCUGGAAGACUUUGACGAAGAAAACGACGGCCCGAUCGACACGGACGAGAUGCGCCGGCGCUUCCCGCAGGGCUUCUUCUGGGACUGUUGCGGGAAGAAGCUCAGCGACCAGGGGAGCGGUUGCCGGACUGGCUCCCACGUUGCCCGCAGCGCCGGCAGCAUGAAGCGGUCUCGAUUUUCCAUCGAUGAAGACACACCUGACAUAGUACUCAGCCCCGAACCGCCGCACUUGCGCCAAGCACUGCAGUCGCAGCAAACACCGCCAGGGAAUCCAUAUCCAUUCGUUGACAACUCGGAAGAUGACGACCUGGUGGAGCUAAAUAUGCAACCUGUUGGUGGCGGCGGUUCCAGUGCCGCGUCUUCGGGAGAUAACACUGUCCAAGUCACGAGAUACAUGGAGAUCAACGAGGUUGUUGAGCUUGACGGCGAUAGCGACGCGGGUACCAAUGGCCAUCACUAUGAUUCGGGACGAGAGAAGACGUAGCGCUCGACUGCAGAUUAUUGGUUGCAUCUUUACACCAGUAUCUACCCUGGCGCAACAAGCUCUUAUUCCUCUACCUCCUCAGCGUAACUACUGGUCUAUGCCCAACAGGUGCACCGAUGCGAAUUAAUCACAUUCUUCGGCAGCCAAAGUGGCAAGCGUUUUACGAAUCGAUUUUCUCAUUACAAGCCCGAGUUGGAUUUGCACUAGAGACGCCACUGAUUAGGGCAAACCCAACUGUCGUCACGAGGAAUUCCUUCACACCCAAGAGCACAGCAAGUUGAGUUCUUGGGCGUAGGAUCACAUGCGACGUCUACCUUCACGUGCGUGGUCAAAUGGUUUUUGCUCUUGCCGUCAACAAUAAGCUUUUCAAAGCGCCACAGCAGCAUGCCGCGGAUGGUCCCUGACCAUGCCGCUCAGAGUCGGGGGCCAUUGGGAUUUUUAUCGAGAAAGAGGAGAUGGUUGUGAUUUGGUCAGUAUAUGGAUUUGAGUUAAGGCACCAUUAUUGGCAUCUGCUAAGCUGGUAGCAAAGGCUCAAUCCCGGUUUUUAGCGCUUUUGUCGCGCCAGCGAAUGUAUGCACAACAGCGUAUAUCGCGAAGGCCAAUUGAUGCUUAGAAUGAUAGUAUUAUUCAAGAAUUAAUACAAAAUAGGUAUCGCAACUUUUUCCCCCUCCAAGGCUGAUAAAAACAAAUACCACACACAAUGAUCCCAAGGUGCCGCUAACGCCUCGU